CUUUGCAAGCGUGAAGGAAGAUGCUGGAUGCCUGGGAUGGGAGUGUUUGGCUCUGCCACCUCCCCUUGUUGUGAAAGCAGGAUGCCUGGGCUGUGCAUCAGUAACCCUGCACAAGAUAAAAAGGCUCUUAUUUUGGGCUCCUCAUCCACAGCCUCCUAAAGAACAGCCUUCUCCUCCUUAGUAUCUUCUGUACCGGGCUCUCACCUCCUGCCAAGAUGUCCUGCCAGCAGAACCAGCAGCAGUGCCAGCCUCCGCCCAAGUGCCCCUCACCCAAAUGCCCCCCAAAGAGCUCAGCACAGUGUCUGCCUCCAGCCUCCUCCUGCUGUGCUCCAAGCCCUGGGGGCUGCGGUGGCCCCAGCUCUGAGGGCGGCUGCUGCCUGAGCCACCACAGGCAUGGCAGGUCCCACCGAUGCCGGCGCCAGAGCUCCAACUCCUGUGACGGGGGCUGUGGUCGGCAAGAUGGUGCCUCCAGCUGUGGCUAUGGCUCUGGAGGCUGCUGCUGACCUAAUUCCUGAUGUGGAGACAAGUGACUUUAGAGGACAGAAGUAUCUCAAGGACCAAGGAAAAGUCCUAACUUGACAGAUCCUUUCUUAGACAUCCUUAUUAAUCAUUCAUUCAUGGGGAAGGAUUAUGCUUUUUCCAAAAGGCUCCACCCAUGUGUUUUCCUAGAUUGUGGAAGCCUCCUUUUCUCCUGACAAUGUUAUCACUUGUGUCUGAUUAUACAGAGAAAUAAAGCUUCUGAACAGCA